AUGGCGGGGGAAUUGAUCUUCAUCACCGGUGCAACUGGCUUUAUUGGCAGUGCCACGGCCGUGGCAGCACUCAAAGCGGGAUAUCGACUGCGAAUCUGUCUUCGAAAGCCCUCGGACAAGCUACAGGCUCUGCUAUCGGGAGAUAGCGAACGAGUGGAAUUUGUCACUGUUACUGAUUGGACAGAUGGAGCCAUAUUCAGAGGAAAGCUCGACGGAGCAGACUAUGUCGUCCAUCUCGCACAUCCUCUUCCCAGUGGCACAGAUAAGGAGUUAUAUUUCACUCCAGCUGUGAAAGCUACGACUGCCUUGCUCCAGGAGGCUGCUCGAGUGCCAAGCAUCAAGAAGGUUGUGAUCACAUCAUCGGUUGCAGCCUUGAUGCCAUUGGAUGGAGUACCGCCCGGUGGCAUCGUCAAAGAGGACAACGCCUGGGACUUUGAGGUAGAUGAGACCGAAGACUUCACAGCCUCGAAUGACCCACGAGGAGUACCUAUGCGGUUGUACCAUGCAUCCAAACUGCUCGCCAACAAAACCGCAUGGGAAUUCCGACAGACGGCCAAGCCGCAUUAUGCCUUGGUAACGCUCCAUCCUGUGUUUGUAUAUGGACGCAACCCCGUGCAGACAUCUGCCGAGCAGAUCCAGGAAUCUUCGAACGGACUUCUCUGGUAUACCAUCAUGACUGGCAUCCCUCAUUACUCUCACUCCCAGGUUCCUGGUGUGCAUGUCGACGAUGUUGUCGAAGCACACCUCAAGGCCUUGGAUCCAGCCAUCCCGGACGGGUCGAGGUAUUUGCUCACGGGGAAGGCCGGGACCUGGAAAGAGGUGGCGAAUGUCGUUCAGCGGUAUUGUUCAGACCUCGGGGCGAAGAUCACACCAGGUAUCGAGGAAGAGUUUCUGCCAACGGACAGUAGCAAAGCAGAGGCAGAGUUGGGGAUGCGAUGGCGCUCUUGGGACCAGAUGGUUCGGGAUGUGGUGGACCAGCAACUGGAGUUUGUGAAAGCUUGA